AUGAUCAGGGUGCGUCUGUCUUUUCCCUCCCCCUUCUAUCCUCCUCCCUUUUUCCCUCCCCUUGUCCCUCAGUCUUCUCCCUCCUUCCUCUCUUUCUUGACCUGGUGUCCCAAGUCGACUCUCGCUUCCGGUCAGCUAGGGCCUGCGGAAGGGUGUCCCGCCUCUUCCGCCCAACAGCGGAGGUGGCGACGGCGGCGGCUGCGACGGCGGCGGUGGUGCCUGCGCGUCUCUGGUCGGGGUCAGCAGGCGGGUCCCCUCGGCGAUCCACCUGCGUGUCUCUGAGCCGCAUUCUGGGGGUCGAUGGCGAUGAACUAUAACGCGAAGGAUGAAGCGGACGGUGGGCCCCCGGGUGCUCCCGGGGGCACCGCUAAGAACCGGAGACCGGAUAACACGGCCUUCAAACAACAACGGUUGCCCGCCUGGCAACCCAUUCUCACGGCGGGCACGGUGCUACCUACCUUCUUUAUCAUCGGCCUCAUCUUCAUCCCCAUUGGCAUCGGCAUCUUCGUCACUUCCAACAACAUCCGAGAGAUCGAGAUUGAUUAUACCGGAACAGAGCCUUCCAGUCCCUGUAAUAAAUGUUUGUCUACAAAUGUGACACCUUGUUUUUGUACCAUUAACUUCACGCUGGAGCAGUCAUUUGAGGGCAAUGUUUUUAUGUACUAUGGACUGUCUAAUUUCUAUCAAAACCAUCGUCGUUAUGUGAAAUCUCGAGAUGAUAGUCAACUAAAUGGAGAUCUUAGUGCUUUACUUAAUCCCAGUAAGGAAUGUGAGCCUUAUCGAAGAAAUGAAGACAAGCCAAUUGCUCCUUGUGGAGCUAUUGCCAACAGUAUGUUUAAUGAUACAUUAGAAUUAUUUCUGAUUGGCAAUGAAUCUGAUCCUACACCUAUUACUUUAAAAAAGAAAGGUAUUGCUUGGUGGACAGAUAAAAAUGUGAAAUUCAGAAAUCCAUCUGGAAGUGAUGAAAGUCUAGAAGAACGAUUUAAAGGUACAGCAAAACCAAUAAACUGGCUUAAGCCAGUAUACAUGCUGGAUUCUGACCCAGAUAAUAAUGGGUUUAUAAAUGAGGAUUUUAUUGUUUGGAUGCGUACUGCAGCAUUACCUACAUUUCGUAAGUUAUAUCGUCUUAUAGAGCGGAAAAAUGAUUUACAUCCAACUUUACCAGCUGGACGAUACUAUUUGAAUAUCACAUACAAUUACCCGGUACAUUCUUUUGAUGGACGCAAACGGAUGAUCUUGAGCACUAUUUCAUGGAUGGGAGGAAAAAAUCCAUUUUUGGGGAUUGCUUACAUCGCUAUUGGAUCCAUCUCGUUCCUUCUGGGAGUUGUACUGCUAGUAAUUAAUCAUAAAUAUAGAAACAGUAGUAAUACUGCUGACAUUACCAUAUAAUUUUAUAUUCUGAAAAGAAAUCUACUGCAUGUGCAUCAAGGCCAGUCCUAUUCAACCUAGCUUCUGAAUGCUAAUGUUCGGUUAGUAUGUCACUUUUGAAGUUGGCACAUAACUUUUUAAAAAAACAAUCUUCCUGUGCUUCUUCCUUAUGAAAAUGACUCUUGAAAAUAUGAUGGAUAUAAAGUAAAUAGCUAUAUUGAUAAUAUCAACACUGUAACAGCUGAAAUGGCAUUCUAAUUCUUGCUUUUUAUUGGGACAGGCCAUAUGAUGCAUAGAGCCCCUUUCAUGUGAAAUGCGUCUACUGCUUAAAUGUUUAUGCUCUUUGAUAAUAUUAUAUAGACAUGUGAUGCUAUAUAUGUGAGCCUAUUGUAUGAAGAAAGGUAUUACAAAAUGUAUGAGUAUAAUGACUUGUCCUUUCAGGACUCAGUUACAGGAAGAUGAAGAA